CCCAUUGAUUUUGAUCUUUUCAUUUCUCAAAAGCUCUGGUUUUCCCUUUCUUUGCUUUUAUAAAUACUGCAAGUUCCGCAACCCUCUGAUUUCUGUCUGAAAUCUCAUUCUCCGUUAUCUGGACUUUUCUUCUUUCAUGGUUGCCAUUCUCGAUCUCACUCCUGCUUUUGGAGGAUUCCGUACGACCAGAUGGCCGAAAAAUGGUCGGAUUCCCGGAUUGUACGCGACGAGCCUGAUGACGCUGAUGAUGAGGAAGAAGGAGAAGAUCUCUACAACGACAGUUACAUGGAAGAUUACUGUCGGAUGGAUGAGCAUGAUCAGUACGAAUCGGUGGGCCUGGACGAUUCGAUGGAGGAUGAGAGGGAUAUUGAUCAGAUCAUGGAGGAUAGGAGGGCAGCAGAGGUGGAGCUCGAUGCGAAAGAAGGAAACAUGGGACUGGUGAGUCGGAAGCUCCCUCGCUUCUACAUGAUCAAGAGAAAAGCAGUUGUAUAGCACAUGUACUUGGGAAGGAACCUGCUGAUGUUUACAGAGAAAAGCAGUUGUAUAGCACAUGCCUUUACUUUUCCUUUUUGUUUAUAACCAUCUUUUGAGAUGGUUGGCUCAGUUGUUUUUUGUUGCAUUGAAUGGUUGGUGUAGACAACACAUCGUGGUCCAAGAUGAAGUCCUAGCCAAUAGGGGUUGGGCCUUAUUCCCAUCAAGGCUGACCCAAGGUUGUUUGAAUAUGUUUCAGGUUGACAGUUCGUUGACUUUUUUUUUUUUUGCUUUCAUUAAUUUGAAUUGGGCUUAUUUGUACAUUGAUUUUUUUGUAUGUAUGUAUUAGGUACUUCUUCAAGGUCUUUCUUCAAGGGAUUUGAUAUGUGGAAGGAAGAAACUGUAAUGAAGGUAAAAAAUCAAAGAUAAUAUGGUUUGCUAAAUCUGUUUCAGGCAUAUGAAUUACUAAAGAAUAAGCGGAGAAUUGUGAAAUCUGAACGUUUGAACUUUUUAACUGUCAAAAUGCAAAAGGUUGUCCCUCCUGAAAGACUUUUCAAUGAUUUAGAUUAUAGUAAAUGAUUUCCUUAGUCAAGGAAGGUUUCUGGAUUAUCUUUUGUUGUUUGACAGGAGCACGAAUUUUGACCAUGAACAAAGCCUUUUAACUAAGCUGAAGCAACAAUGGGGUGGCCAACUUAUGUUGUAGAUGGAAGGAAUGGUCUGUCAUAUACUAACUACUUGCCUGAGCUAGUUGCAUGCGUGCGUGUGUUUUCUUCUUCUUUCUCAAGGGAUUUCUUGGUGUUGUUCUUUCAUGUUUUUCUGGCAAUGCAGGUUACUGAUUUUCCAUUAGCAAGGGAGAAUCAACAGAAUGUUUUGAAGCUCCAUGCCCAUUUCCAUCCUUAUAUUGCUAACAGAAUUUGUCCUCUACCUUCACUAUGGUUUUAUUCAGGAUGAUGGUUUUCAUAUCUUUUCUUUUCUUUUUCAAACGAUUCAACUACUAUGUUCGUAGCUUGCUCAGCUCCAAGAUACAUACAUGUUGCAUCGUAUUUUAAUUAGACCAAGCUAUUCAGGGUGAUGGUAUUUUAAUUAGACCAAGCUAUUUAUCUUGCAUCGCAUAUCUUGGGUCAUUAUUUUGUUCACGAUCAUGUUAGUGGAAGCUUCAUUUCGGUUAAAACACCUGAUAUGUUAUUGGAUCAACAACAAUUCAAUG